AUGCAACCAUUUGUCUGUAAUGGGAAUGAAAAGACAGCUACAUGGAGUGAUAAUAAUGGAUUUCAACCUAUAGUAAACAUGGAAUCGAACGAAAUAAAAAAUUUGAAAUUUGAAGAUUUGAAGUAUUUUGUUAUUCAAGGAAGAGCCGGAAAAAAAUUCAUUCUCAAAGGAAUAUCUGGAGAGUUUAAAUCUGGGGAACUGAGCGCAAUUAUGGGACCUAGUGGAGCUGGAAAGAGUUCUCUCAUGAACAUUCUAGCGGGAUACUGCACGCAAAAUGUUAUUGGUGAUGUUAUCAUUGGCUCUUCACUAAGAAACCUGCAGCAAUUCAGGAAAAUGUCGUGUUACAUAAUGCAAGAUGAUUUGUUACUACCUCAUCUGUCUGUUGAUGAGGCAAUGAUGUGUAGUGCCAACCUGAAAUUAAGUGAAAAGACUAACUAUGCAUCCAAAAGAAAAAUAGUUGAUAAUAUUAUAAGCCUUCUUGGUCUAAGAGAAGCCGUACAUACUCGAACUUCACAACUGUCUGGUGGUCAAAAGAAACGACUAGCUAUUGCUCAGGAAUUAGUUAACAACCCUCCAAUAAUGUUUUUUGAUGAGCCCACAAGUGGUUUGGAUAGUGCUUCAUGUUUUCAUUGCAUCUCAUUGUUACGUCGCUUGGCACGUGGUGGUCGAACAAUAAUUUGUACAAUACACCAACCGAGUGCAAAAAUAUUCGAACUAUUUGACCAUUUAUACUUCUUAACUGAUGGUCAUUGUAUUUAUAGAGGACCUGUUUCAUGUUUAGUCCCUUACCUCGCAUCACAAGAUUUAAUUUGCCCAUCUUAUCAUAAUCCUGCUGAUUAUUUUAUGGAAGUGGCUUGUGGUGAAUAUGGUGAUCAUUAUAUGCGAUUAGCAAUGGCUGCACGUCGCGGAACAUUAGAUGAAAUUGUAGAUUAUUUGAAAAGACGAAAUGAUCAUUGUUCAUCGUCACCAUCAUCGCCGUCAUUUUGUUCACCUAUUAUUAUACAUGAUGAUAAGAAGAAAAAGACUAAACAGCUUGUAAAAAGUCAAGAAUCACCAUCACAUAUUGAAAUGUCUGUACUUCUACCUCAACCUAAUGGCCCUAUACGUACCAUAGAUCAAGGUUUAGUCAGUUCAGAUUGUAUAAAAUACGAUGAUCCUAGUCGAGAAUUUGCUGCAAAUCAGUUAACCCAAUUUCGGGUUCUAUUCGUGAGAAAUGUACUUUCCAUUAUUCGUGAUUCAACAUUAACACAUCUGCGUUUUGUAUCACAUAUUGUUGUUGGAAUAUUAAUCGGUGUUUUAUAUUUUCGUGUUGGUAAUUUGGGUUACGAAGUGAUAAGUAAUGCAGCAUUUGUCUUCUUUACUUUGCUAUUCCUUAUGUUUGCUUCAUUAAUGCCAACUGUGAUGACAUUUCCUCUUGAAAUAUCAAUAUUCUUCCGUGAACAUCUAAAUUCCUGGUAUAGUUUAAAAGCCUAUUACUUGGCGAAAUCACUAGCUGACGUACCAUUCCAGAUAUUUUUUCCUAUUGUUUACGCUAGUAUUACAUAUUGGAUGACUGAACAACCAAAUGAUGCUAUAAGAUUUAUUCAAUUUCUUAUCAUAUCGAUUCAAACAUCUUUAGUUGGUCAAUCAUUAGGUCUUGUUAUUGGUACAGCUACUUCAUUACAGGUCGCUGUAUUUCUAGGACCAGUAACGGGAAUUCCUAUACUAUUAUUCUCUGGUUUUUUCUCAAUUUAUAUGCUAUACCGAAGUAUUUACAAUGGAUUUCUUUUUUAUCAUUUACCCGAUAUUCAUUUUCGGGAGCACUCAAAAUUAUCUAUGGAAAUAACCGUACAGAACUUGAUUGCGAUCGUAAACGAAUAA